AUACCAUAUCCCGCACUCCACACGCACGCUAUAAAUGUAUACUAUAUAGUUUUCUUUUAUUUUUUUCUUUAUUAUUUUUUUUUCUCUACUUAUCGCAUUGUUCCGCGAGCCCUUCUCGUGUUAAUUCGUCGUGUUUACGUUUUUACAUACGAAUACACCGUAAUCAUAUCAUCUCUCACUGUGUCGCGCGUUCGUUUUCCCCGAACAUCUCCUUGGCUCGAAAGCUCUGAACUUAAUCACCGUAGCGCAAUAGUGAUUCCCUAUGAGCGAACGAUUAUCAUCAUUAUUAUGUACGUGUCUGCGCAACAAUUAUAAAAAUAAUAACAACAAUCAAGUGUAAUUGACAAAUCGAUAUUCGUGUAAACAACGUAAUCCGUGACACGACGGUCACAUCGAGCCCCCUUCCCCCUCCACAUCCGUACGUUGGUGCGAAACCGUAGCGCGUUUCUCGUUCGUUUGUUUUUACUAUAUUUUUUGUGUUUUUCGCGCUAUGCCGUCCGUCCGUCACCGUUCUCGCGCGUGUUUCCCGUGAACCGAGCUUCGGGCCACGACGUGCAGCAGUCAGUCACCGGUGCCGGUGUUUCAGUUUGGAAGGAUCGCCGAACGCGUUUUCCCGAACCGACUUCACCCGCACUUGCGAUGCAAUCUUGAAUCGUUUGUUAUUGAUCCGGUGCGUCUAAAAUGGAGUUAUCUGAUUCAUCAGGUAGCUCAUCAACUGUAAUUCAGUCGAUGUGCCAUGUACGAGCUUCUGAAUUAUAUCCUAAACGAGACUUAGAAACCGAUGAAGGACCUCCAACCCUAGAACCACCAACAGUGCCUUUUGUUCCCUUAGCUGGUGAAUCCGUUGAAUACUUAGGUCGAGGUUCGAAUAAUACUGUAUUAGCACUGUCCAAUUAUCGUUUUUACCUAAAAGUAUCAGAUGGUGGUUCAAAACGUAGAAGAGGCUAUCAAGAUAGCAACAUACCACUUGGCCUAAUUGAAAUGGUCGAAAUAAAAGAUCUAUUUUAUUUGAUAAUUAGUUGCAAAGAUGCACGUACAUGCAGGUGUACUUUUACUACAAAUGAUUUAUGUUUGGAGUGGUACAAACGUUUAACCCGAGCAAUAAUACCACCUAAAAAUGUUCAAGAUGUUUUUGCGUUUGCUUUUCAUGCUUGGGCUAUUGAAGAUCAAUGCAAUGAAGACAUUUCAUUAAACUUAGGACACGAUGGUGAUGAUGACUAUUUUAUGAAAGAGAUUGAAAGACUUAAUAUAAGUGUGUUAAGUGAUAACUCUAAAUGGCGUAUCUCAAAAGUAAAUUGGGACUACAAAUUAUGUGCCACUUAUCCAAAUCGAUUAUUGGUUCCUUCCAGUAUUACUGAUCAAACAUUGGAAACUGCAGCCAAAUUUCGUAGUUCAAAACGAGUUCCUGUCAUUGUUUGGAGACACAAGGGUAAUGGAGCUAUUUUAGCAAGAUGUUCUCAACCUGAAGUAGGUUGGCUUGGAUGGCGAUCCCAAGAGGAUGAAGACUUAUUAAAAGCAAUUGCUGAAUCAUGCCAAAAUAAAUCUAAAAAAUCUAAAAAAUUAGUUGUUAUUGAUGCUCGAUCAUAUCCAUCAGCUGUAGCCAAUCGUGCUCGUGGUGGAGGAUGUGAAUGUCCUGAAUAUUAUCCUGGAUGUGAAAUUCGAUUUAUGAACUUGGCAAAUAUUCAUGCAGUACGGAAGAGUUUUCACUUGCUUCGUCAAUUAUGUGCUUCCCCUCCAGAUCUCCCCAACUGGUAUAGUUUAUUGGAAAACACACGAUGGUUACAUAAUAUAAGUGGUCUUCUUCAUGCUGCAAACACCGUUGCAGCAACUAUUGAACUUGAAAUACAACCAGUUCUUGUUCAUUGUUCAGAUGGUUGGGAUCGUACUCCUCAAAUAGUUUCUUUAGCUGAACUUAUGUUGGACCCAUAUUAUCGGACGAUUGAUGGCUUUCGAGUCUUGUGCCAAAGAGAAUGGUUAGAUUUCGGGCAUAAAUUUAAUGAUCGUGGUCAAGGUGAUGAUCCAAAUGAACGUUGUCCAGUAUUCAUUCAAUGGUUGGACUGCGUGCAUAAUGUGAUGGCACAGUACCCAUGUGCUUUUGAAUUUUCCAAAUCUUAUUUAGUAAAAUUGGCACAACACACAUAUGCAAAUCUUUUUGGUACAUUUUUGUGUAAUAGCGGUGCUGAAAGAAAACGCACAGGAAUUGGCACUGCUACAUUUUCUGUAUGGAAAUAUUUGGCUGCAUCAGUUGAAUGUAAAAAUCAUUUAUACUCGUCUCAACAGGACAAUAUAUUAUGGGUUAGUUGUAAUGUAAGGGAUAUGAAUCUUUGGAGAGAUUUAUAUGUUGGACCAUUUACCGAAGGACCUCAGUUAACAAAAUCUCCUGAAUUAUGUAACUCUACAUUGGUAAUGGAAGGGGUAAUUGAUCCUAUGGUUAGCAAUGGUCAACCAAUUGUCUUUAAUAAUGAAAGUCCUUGCAUGGAAUUCUCAAAAACUGAAGAUGUAAUAUCAUUAGAUGACAGAGAUGAUAAAUCUUCAGAUACAAAUUCUAGCUCAAGCAUUAUUGCUGAAGAAAAUGGAAUAGAACGGCAUUUAAAUUCAACUAAUAAUGUCUUAAAUACUGUUGAUGGGCUGCUACCACUAGUAGACGAUAUGCAAAAUAGACUUCAACAGUUAAAUUUAGAAUAUAAGGCUAGAGAAGCAGCGCUUCAAAAUGAAUUGCAUGUCACCCGGCUAGUAUUGUUGCGCCAAGCUAGUCAUCGUUGUAACGGUGUUGAAGCAACUGCUACGCUUGACAUGAAUGGUCUAUCACUGGCAGACAAAAUCGAUGAUGAUGUGUCCGUGUGUAGCAGCACAGGAGGCGAGACGACAUUGUCGUGGGAACCUGUAGAGCCAUUCGACGCUCAACCAACCCUGUGGGUGCCGGACCACGCGGUUACCCAGUGUAUGUCGUGCGACAACAAAUUCUGGCUGGGAAGACGGAAGCAUCACUGUAGGAGUUGUGGCAAAAUAUUCUGCGCAGAUUGUUCACGAAAUCUGGUUCCAUUGCCAGCUGAACAGCUAUAUGAACCUGUGAGAGUGUGUGAACCAUGUUUUGCACUCGGUACUUCGAGGACCACAAACACUUCAACUACCACUACAUGUAAACAAGCUUUUGCCGAUGAUCAAAAAAAUGUCAACAUCACUUUACAGCCGGCACCAUCGAAUUAAUUUAUAACUAGGUGAAAGUGUAAACUUGUUAAAUCAAUAUUAAAUAUGAAUUAUAUAACUGUUAAGAAUUUUCUUGUAAAUUGUGAUGUUUAAGAACCAAAAAAAAAAAUUAUUUAACUAUUUAGUUUAAUUAAUUUUUUUUUUUUACUAUUUAUUGUUUGAAAACCAAAUUGAGACACAGACAUUUUUAUCUGUAUACGAAUGAAUUAUAAUGGUGUAGGUUUUAAUAGUUAAUAGUA